GACCCACUAGUAUUUGCGCAAUCAAGGAAUCUGUACAGUUUAGAUUUGUACAGUGUAUGGUCAGUGGGUAAUCUGCUUAUGUAUUAGGGAGGCAUUGUAAAAUGGGGAAUCAGUAAAGAAUACUGCUAAACGGUGUCCACAUUUUUGAUUGAGUGGCUACACGGCGAAUGUGAAGAGUGCAAAGACAAUUAAAAGGAAACAGUUGAAGAAAUAUCUGGAUACAAAGAAUCACAAAUGAAGUGCAGAAACUGAGGGAAGAGAAAAAAGCGAAGAGGGACUUGCAUCUUAAAAACGAUGAGGAAUGGAACCAAACAGCAAGAAUGUCAACCCAAGUUUAAACAGUUUGAAAAAGUUCACAAUCCCCAGGAAAAAAAGUGCUGACAAAGCUUACCUAGAAGUUUGUCAUACGGAUUGGCGCGAGUACAGCUUCUUACAGUCGACUUUAGAUGGCUCCAAACUUGACAGCAGUUACAGGUUGAACUCCCUGUGGAGGCUUGGGGACAUGAAGCUCAUACAUAAUGUGAAACUCGAGCGGCGAUUUGCAGAGAAGAGGGCUAAGAUGCGUGAGGCUGGUAGACGUGGGAAAGAACUUGAAGAAAACACAUUGUUUUUGGUGACAUCCCACUGUGCAGCUUUGAAGCUGUAUCAGGAAGGACUGAACAUUAACUGUUCUGCCAUAAGAGCACUGGGAAAUCCAGCUUGUGGUGUUUAUCUUCAUCGGCACAUUGAUGUCCUACUGCGGUACCAUCAGCAAAACAAUCUGCUCACAGAAACAAUUGUGUUUUUUAAGGUGCUAUUGGGAAAAGUGAGGACGAUUCCACCCUGCAUGAGAAAGGGAAAGGCUGAUGUGAACCCUACAGCAAAGUUUGACUGUCACAUGUCCCAAAUUCCACCCAGCCUCAAGGAGUCAAUUGAAAUGCAGAUCAUUAACUCAGCGGUGUACUUGUAUGAGUUUGAUGCGUUCUGUGAGACGAUGGAAUAUCCGAGGCAAUGCCUGCCUUAUGCCCUUGUUACAGUGAGGUCCACAGGUCACAAGGUGAAGACUGCUAUGGCACCUUUGCGGUUUGGUUCUGCUACAAGAAACCCUUCACUGCACGCAGAGAUGUCCAAACUGAAGAGAUGUACAGUUGCCCAAAGACUUGGCAGAGGAAAGAAUGCCACAGUUGUGUACCAGCAUUUUGGUGAAAAGGAAGUCACUUCUGGUCCCCCCAUCCUGUCCUCUCCUGGUAAUAGUGUUGGCAAAAUGGUGGGGAGAACAACUCACCAAGAUCCAAGGCUGCUGAAGAGGCACAGCUGUCCAGAGGAGGGAAGGGAAGGUUCAGUCUCCAAGGAGGUUUCGCCAUCUAUCGAACUCAGUGACAGUAUUGACACCCUAAAGAAAACUCCCUGCUUCCUCAAAGCACAUUCUUCCACAUUUGCCCAGCCGGGGAGUGAGAGUGUAGCCAGGUCUCAAGGCGGGUAUGGAGCUAUACAAGAACAAGUACGGGGUCAGAAGCCACAGGACGUAACAGCCAAGCGUGAGGGGACUGUGCCUUUUGGAGUGCCACUGCCAGUCACAGGGGCAGCCAGCGGUGGCUCCCAGUCUACCCCAGAUGUUUCUGAAGCUGCUCAGCACCACGAGCAAACCAAAGCCAAGCCAGGCAGGGGGCUCACUUCGCUAACUGGGUUAGAGGUGAAAGUGGACUCAGGUAUACAAAGAAGUGACAUUCCAGACAAGACAUGCGUGGCUGAACCCUUUUUUGAAGACAUCAAGUUGUACGAAAGUGAGGUGAAGAAAAAGUUGCAAAAGUAUUCAGCGUUUCUCGUGCUGUGUGACAAAGAGAGACUGUCAAAGAUUCAAUCACUGAAGAAGCUGAGCAGUACAGACAAAAAAGCCUUCUAUGGCAGACUUAAAAAAUACGAUAAGUAUUACAAAAGAUACCAGAGUGAACUCGGCCUUGACAAAUGCUACGGUGCCACAGCGCCUAAAACUCGUGAUGUGAAGUAUCCAUAUGGCUUGCCUUGUUCUGCCGGACAAACUGCCCAGCCUUGCCAUUGUGCUUCAACACUUGGGGGUAGUUCAUCCAGCUGCAGCACUAAACUGGCCUUUAGUACAACCACUUGUUGUCUGUCAGAGUCCAGGGAAAGCCAGCAAACUAGAACCACAUUAUCUGAUUCGAAAGUGAUGAGUGAUAAAUCUAACUCCACUGCAGCAGUGAACAGUCUUGAUGACAAAGGUGUUGAGAGUGAGAUCUUGCACAUAACAGAAGUCAUGAAUACAGAAACAUCUAUCAAGACUGAGAAAAAUAUUCCUGAGUCUGGCGAGAUGGCUGGAGAGCUGAAGGGACAGCUGCAGAGCUUUCUUGGAAAUAAAGAGACAAGUGUAUUCGAAAAUGCAUCAGUGAUCACUGAGUCUCAGAUGCAGAUAGCUUCUCCUUCUGCAACCUCCAAUGCAUUUACAGACAAUCAGCUUGACCUCUGCAACACUGUUGAUCACUCUUCCAAUCAAAGUGUGUUAACCGUGGAGAUUGCACAUAGUUAUGAGGUGCCUGCAAUAAUGGACAUCUUUGAAGCAAGCAGAAACAUGGGGUUGAAUGAAGAAGUGGUGGAAUUGCAGAGCUGCUGGGAGAAUGAUGAGACCAGUGAAGCUAAGGAUGGAUUGUUUCAACUGGAAGAAGUACAAGUGUCUACUACCUCAAGUGAAGAUAAAGAUGAUGCAAGUGAUUACCUAUCAAAUGUGGAGCCUUUGCUCGAUUUCUUAGCAGCACGGAUUGAAUGGGAGAAUCUGUUUGAAAAGUCAAAUGAGAACAAGUUGACAGUAAGUCCAGAAUCAGACAAAUCUGCCAAGAACUCUAGACGCCACCCUCCACCUCGAACUGUAACUAAACCUGGUCACCUGACUCUUCAUUGUUCAGGGUUUGCAGAUGGUGACAAUAAAAGCACCCAACAGAGUUCAGCAUCAUUCCGUGAAAACUUAUCAACCUCAGACAGUCGAGCAGUGAUUCCUAACCUGCGGAUAACACUAAGCAAUGAACUUAAUGCAGUAUCUGAUCAGCAUUUCACACUGACAGAGCCACCUGUGAGAUAUGAGACCAGUUCAGAAUACUGCAGUGAACAUGGCCCUGAGUCCAAAAACAGGACUGCAACCAAAACUGAGAGAUGUUCAACAGCAAUUGGGAAAGACUCUGAAGGCAGUUUGGUUGGAGAAGCUAUUCAACCUGUAGGUGUAGCAGAAAGUGUAAGUUUGGAAAAUUCAUCGCAGACAGACUACAAAGAACUGAAGCAGGUUUUCACAAAUGCAGAAGGUGAUGCACAGGGACUGUUAUUUAAAAUUGGUAUGCAUCAUACGUCAGAUGAAGCAUCAAGCAGUGCACCUCCCCUGCCUGGCAACAACUGCGAGCAGGGAGAUUUGCUCUGUAUGCUGCCAUGGAAUAAGGAACCUUCAGGCAGUGAACAAAUUAGUGUUCCUCAGAGUCCAAAGAGUCACCGUUGCAAAGCCACAGCAAAGUAUGUUGGACAGUUGGCAAACACCCACUGCAAUGAGAAGGUCACUGUGUCUGACCAUGCGGAGAGAUCAGCAGAGGCAAAGUCUCUAAAUGAAUCCCAUUUUACAGGGGGCAUUCACCAAGUCAAUAUCAUGAGACACACUAAAUCAGCAGGUGAUGACCCCUGUGAAGAAAUUCUGCUGGAGAAUAAGAGUAUGAAAAAAUUUGCAUUGAAAUCACAAGGCAAGGAUAUGAAAGAACUGAAACAUAGCUCAAAGAGGGUCAGUUGUUUAAAAGAGGAGUCUCGAGUUGCCUCAAACUGCAGUGUUUCUUCAGACCUUCAGCAUAUACAUGGUGAACCUGACAUGAACAAAGUAAACAGGCAAGACAACAGAAAUGAUAGAGGAGGAACAGUUAACAGAAUGACUGUCCAUGAAGGAGUUCCAAAGCUUGGGAGUAAGCAACGCAAAGAUAAUAAACAGGACAGCUCAGUUCAUCUUACUGGGAAAAUCAAAGGCACAUUAGGUCCUAAGGAUAAUGUUCAGAAACAAGGGCUCCCAACCAAUAAGAACCUGGCUCUGGCUCACACAGGAAUAUCUGUAAAAUGUGCUCCACAUGUGGAAACGUGUUUAAAAGAAGGCAACAAAGACAAAGUCCGUAGGAGCGACAGCAGUACCGCUAAUGUUACUCCUCUGUAUGAAAGACAUAUUGGUGCUGUUAUCAACUGCAAAAAGCAAAUUGCACAAGUGGCAAGUAUUCUGUCAAGUGAAGCCGCCCGAUGCAAAAGCAACCAAUUGUCCAAGUUACUUACAAAAGCAGUGACGAAUCUAAACAAGGCUUAUGCAAGAGUUAAAAAGUCUUCGGAAAUUGUGAAAAGUAUUGCUGUGGGGGUGAGCCAGAAUUCACUGCCAAGUUCCUAUCAGAGUGACCACAAUGCUCUUUGGGGAAGCAGUGAUGUAGAUGGAUAUCCCAAAAAACAUCCGUAUCGAUCUGUAGGAGAAACUUUCCCCAAAAAUAGUGAACUCAACAAACAAAAACAAGCAAAGAGCCUAUGCAGACUGCACAAGCAUUGUCAAUGGCUUUAUAAAAGUGGGCCAAAUGCAAAUUUCAAAAGACAGACAAAUAGGACUGAGCAAAUCCCAUGCUUUCAGAAGGCCAACAGAUCAGCUGAUUUGGAACUGGCCACCAAACUAAGCACAGCAGAUGUAUCAAAUUCAACAGAGUUUCAAAACACCAUGAAGAAAAUCCAGCCCUGUUGUCUCAUCUUGCGCGGAGAUUGUGCACAAAUCCCAGGUUCAAAUCUGAGUCAUUCCCAAGAAUUUAAGCCUUGCAAAGCGAAUCUUUCCAUUAAAGUAGUUGAAAAGUCUGAACCACCUAUUGUUGACUCUCAGGCUAAGUCCACGUCAGCUAACUCAUCAGCUAUAGUGGAACUUCCAAUUGACUCUCUGAUAGUAAAUUAUUGCCCUGAGUCUCAAAUGGUGGAAUUCCUGAACAACUCACAAAAAGUGAAAAUUCCUUUUGCUUCCCAAACUGUGGAGAUUCUGGCUGAAAGUCCGCAAAUGAAAUCUCCUGUGGAACUGCAAGGAACAGAGACUCAGCUUGAAAAUUGCCAGCUGCCACCUCAGUGUGAAUUCAAAGCAGUAAAGUUAUUGGUCAAGGAACAAACAACUGACUGUAAACGUGACGGAUCAGGAUUGAUAUUUCCUGGCAGGUCUCAAAGUUUGGAUCAUCCAGCUCCUUUCAAGAUGGGUAAAUGGCCUACAAAGGCUGGUGUAGUUAACCCCCAUGAGAUGGAAUUGCAGAGUGACUCUUCUGAGAGAGCGACUUUAGUUGGCACAAAACCAGAAGGUCCUUUUCAAAGUGUUGAGACAGAAUGCCCCAUUAAAUCUUUCUCUGCAGAAUCUCAACCACAACAGCUCACUGAGUUGUGCCAAAGUAUGGACAAUGCUGUUGCUUUGCAAACAACAGUGACUGGACUGGAGCAUCAUGUACCUACGUCUCGUGUUGAAGUAACCAGUUACCAAGUCAAUGUUGCAAAGUAUAAUUUUCCACUUGAAUUCAAUGCAGUGUCACAAACGGGUUAG